UCAGAAUUUAUAUAUGAGAUCAUCAGUGUAAAUAUUUAAAAAUGUAUAAAUUUGUGGUUCGUCUUUCAAAAGAGGAUCAACCAAAGCAGACAACCAAAUCUGAGGAGAGGGUUUACAAACAAACAACACUGGAGUCAUUAAAGAGAGUGGUGGUGAUCGAGGACAUUGAAAGGUACAAGUCCAUCCUGGAACUGCCCAGUCAGACCAAGGAGAACAUGUUAAUGGCACUAAGAGAGCUGGACAAGAAGGUGCCAUCUGAAGAAGUCUUGAAGUCCACCAGGAUUGGUCACACAGUGAACAGGCUGCGUAAGCAUCACUCGGACCCUGAGGUGAAAGCGCUGGCACGAGACGUUUAUACACACUGGAGGACGUUCAUCCAGGAGAACGCCAACAAACCGUCUAUAGAGGUUCGCUGUGAUAAACAGACUGAGGGGCUGAGGAGCAACGCCAGGAAACUCCUCGCUGAGAGCACGGGAUUACAGGCCGACGACGCGCUGGUGGAGAACGUAGAGAGGGAGGUGUUCCACCAGUCAUCACGGCUGAUCAGCGGAGUCUACAGGAGGACCGUGAGGGCUCUGGUCUUCGCUCUCAAACAUAAACCGGACCUGAGAGCGCAGCUGACGGCGGGGAGGAUUCCAGUCAAUGUGUUGGUCACCGAUCACAAGAAGAAACAAUAACACACGCAGAACUGAUACACCAACACCUCAGAGUUUAUCUUUAAUGUUACGUGCUGCUCAGUGGAACUUUGUGUGAAGGAUUUUUAAUGCAUUUUUGAUGUUUUUAAUCAUUUUAAGCAAGAAAGUGGAACAGUUGUUACAGAUGUUGAUGCGAUAUGAUUAGAGGGAAUCCUGUUUUGAGUAAAUGUUUGUGGUUUUUAAUAAUUUGGGAAGAUUUUAAAUAAAGAAACAAGUCCGG